AUGGAAAUUCAACCUCUGUGGUCCCAAGCCUCACCUUUCACAUACACCACUUACUACGACGUGCAGCAUUUUGAAGCAGUGUGCCGGGAGCCCUGUGAGGUGGCACAUGCUGGCACCCACAGCAUCAAUUCCCAUGGGGCUGGGGGGAAUGCACGUGCGUAUGUGUGCAAGUACGUGUAUGUAUCGGAGAAGGGAGCUUUUCUGCCCAUCAAAGGAGCUUCCUCCGUGUUUGAGUCUGACUAUAAGUCUGUCCGACUGUCCAUCUGUCCACCCGCCUGCUUGUCCACCCUUGUGCAGGUGUCAAAGAAGGAAGGCAACAGCAUCACAAUCAAGUACCCCUCUCCCUCCUCAAUCCGCAAGGCCUUUGGAUUCAUGCACGCAGCAAGAGAAGAAGCAGCAUCGCCAGCAGCAGCAGCAGCACCAAAUCCCCUUCCCGCCCAGCAGCACCACUUCCACGAGCAACACCACCAGCAGCAGCGGCGGCACAAGUUUCUCCACAGGGGCGCUAUCAACGGAUCCUCUUCCUCAUCCUCUCUCCCCCUGGGUCUGCACCUGGGAUGCAGGCCCGACCUUGAUGCCUCCUUCACCUUUCUCUCUGCUCUACCUUCUCCCGCUCCUCAAAUCCAGCCUCCCUCGCCCACCACCACCUCCCCCACCACCUCCCCCACCCCCUUCCCCUUCCCGCCCACCUCCCCCCUGUGUGCGCGGCUGUUCAAGCGUGCUGUGCCGCGCAGUGAGUACCUGCAACAGGCGCACCUGCUCUCCUUCUGGCUGCUGCACCCCCACGACUUCCCCUGGGCUCAUGCUGAUGCUGCUGGGGAUGCUUGUGUCACUUUUAAGGGUUCUAAAUCUCCCUGCGCGGCUGCUGGGGAAGUGGGGUCUGAUGAAGAGCAAGGGGAGGAGAUCAAGCGUGAGGGGGAGGGCGUGGGGGAGGGAGAAGGGGGGUCUACUGCUGCUGCUGCGAGGGUGAUGGUGAGCGGUGGGGAGGGAGGAGGUGAGAUGAUGAUUGGAGUUGAAUCAGGAGUGGGUGGUGAAGCAGGAGAAUCAGGGGAAGGAGGGGAAGCAGCAGUGGACGCAUUUGCAAGUGUGGAUGAGGCAGCAGAGGCACUCACUCAGCUGAAACCAUGCCGGGCAGUUCCCCAUGCUCAUCCUGCUGCUGCUACUGCUGCUGCUGAUGAUGAUGAUGUAAAUGCUGAUGCUGAUGGUGAUGCUGAUGGUGAUGCUGAUGCUGAUGCUGAUUGUGCUGUGGUUGAAACUAGAAGUGAAGAUGCUAAUGGAGAUGCGACAAUAGAAGCAGAAGCAGAAGGAGCAGAAGCAACAGCCGAAGCAGAAGCAGAAGAGGAUGCGGUGGAUAUAAGAGCAUGGCCCAAGAGGAGGCGGGGCGGAGGGGGCAGCAGGAGCAGGAGCAAGAAGGCGCGCGUGGUGGUGGUGACGGUGGGCAGAGCGGGGUCUGGCAACGAUGCUUCCAGCCUGCCCUCCUCUGCCAGCAGCGGUGAGGACGUGGAGGAGGAGGAGGCAGCGGUUGCGGUGAGCAGGGCGAGGGGGAACGGCGAGGGCAAGGAGAAGGACACGAGCAGGAACGGCAAGAAGGACGCUUAUCUGCUGAAGCUGCCCAAGGACAUGCAGGGCCGCUGGUCAAAAGAACGGUACCGCACGGCGCAGGUGAAGCUGGUCGACAUCAUGCGCGCGCAGGGCGCGAGGCCCGGCAAGCCGAUGCUGCGGCCGGUGCUUCGGGAGGAGGCUCGGCGGUACAUCGGCGACACGGGGCUGCUGGACCAUCUGCUGAAGCACAUGACCGACACCGUGGUGCCCUCGGGGCAGCGGUUCAGACGCAGGCACAACAGCGAGGGCGCCAUGGAAUAUUGGCUGGAAGACGCUGGAUUGAUGGCUAUUAGAGCGGCUGCGGGCAUCAGUGACCCCACGUGGGUGCCCCCACCAGGCUGGAAGCCGGGGGCGGAUCCCCAUUUGCCAUGCGGUACCAAGCGGUGCCACAAGGUUGAGCGGGAUGUGGAGAGGAUGGGGGGCUCCAUGUCUGCCAUGCGCAAAGAGCUCGAAGAGCUGAGGCGGCAGGUGGGAAAGCUAUCCUCCAAAGGCCUGCAGCAUCAGGAGGAGCAGCAGCAGCAGCUGAACCAUUGUGUGAAGACCACGAAUGGGAGCAUAUGGGAGCCGAAUCACUCAGCCCUGCAGAAUCUGCUCACUAAUGUAUGGGAGGAGCUAAAGCAGCACAACAAGCUGAACCAGCAGAUCCUGCUUGCACUCAACACCAGCAACAGCGAUGUACUCGAUGCCAUCACAUGCCAGGCCGCCAAGUCCCUGCCUGCCAUUCUCGCCGCUGCUGCCGGCUCCCUGCUCUCUCUGCCCCACUCUGACCUCCACUCUCCCAACGCACAGCAGCAGCAGCAGCAGCACGACGUGCAGGGGAACACCAGGAGCACCAACACCCUCCCUGCUCUUAUUCUCCCCUCCGUCUCCACUGCGCUGCCAGUUCAGGAGCAGCCGUCGAGUGCACCAAGGCACGUGAAUGGGAGCGAGAAGCAGCAGAACGACCUCCAGCUAAUGACCUCUGCCACUGCAGACAACCCCCCUCUUUCUAGACUUCUGCCAUAG